GGGGCCGGGGCCGGGCCUCGCCCCUCCCGGCGCUGUCCCUUCCCGGGACGCGGCGGCUGCCGCCGGCCUUUGCGCCCUCCCCCACCCCGCCUGGGGACGACAGCCUUGGGGCGGCCUCGGAUGACCGUCUCCCUGCGGCGCCGGGACGCGGCGAGCCCGGGCCCCUCGGGCGGGGCUGCGGGGGGUGCCUGCCGCGGGUCAUGGGCCACAGCUCUGCGGGGUGGGGAGCGUCGGUCCGUGGGGCCCGUUCACCCCGCGGCGAUUGCGUUGAUGCCGCCGCUGUUGCCAGGCCGGGCCGCCCGCGUCCCGUCUGCCGGCCUGAGGCUGCAGCCUAGCAUCGGCUGCCCGCAGCAGUUAGAGCGACGCGGGGGCCGAAUCGCGAACGAAGAGAGACUCUGCGAUCCCGCGUAGCAGCCCCGGCUCCCGCCUGGCGAGACCCAGCCGUCCGGGCUACCUGGCCCCCGCACCCAGUGACAUGCACAUGUGACACGGCUUCAUCUGUGCCACCGAUUUCCCCGCGAUGGGGCUUCCUGGGCGCCUUCCCUGGGAACUGUGGCUUCCUGAGCAGUUUUAGGUUCAGAGGAGCCGUGCCUGAGGCCAGACGUGCCAGCUGGUCCAUGGCUUGGCUUCUGGUUCUGGCCACCUCGAGAAAGGAGUGGGGGGCCUGCCCGGGCCUGGCACACAGGUCUCAGCCGAGGCUGCCCUAAGCUGGUGCCGAACUCGCAGGUGUGGGGUGGGAGCCACCAAAUGGGUGGCAGAUGGAGGGACCCAGUGCUGGAUUGAUACCUACUGUUCUCAGAAAAGCCAGUUGCCUCUCAUGCAGGGCAUCUCCUGCACUGUCACUGGACCAGUGCCCCAGGCUGUGGUGUCAGGCACGGCCGGGUCCCUCAAGUCUGGGCAGACGGUUCUGUGCUGGAGUGGAGCCCGAGUCCCUCUGGGGAGGACGAGAAGCUUUGCUAGGAUGGCCUUGAGCAUGUGCCAGAGCUAUCAUGGGCUGAAGCAUGGGAGCACAGUGCAGGGCUGGAGCCCACCCCUCGGCUGGGACUGUGAACUGGCAUUGCUGCGCAAUGGCUCAUGCACAGCCAUGGGAAUGAUCAGCCUUUACGUGCCACGUGGGCAGGGGGAGAGCUGAGCCUCUCCAAUGCUUUCAUGUUACUGAGAGAUCGGAGCUGGCUGAGCCCUGACAUCCUAACGUGUCGUUAAGGAGUGAUUCCUCACGACGAGGGCCACAGGGUGACUUUAUACAACCCUCCUUGGCCUGUACCCUCUCAGACUUGCUCCUUGGCACCGACUGCUUGCAUGGCAAAUGCUGGUCUUGCUCCAUAACUAGGGCUCCCCAGCACUUGUCUGGGCACCAUCCAGAUCUCACCAGAGCCCCGUGUGCCUCUGGAUGGUUGCUUGAGUGUGAUUGGGACAUAGGAAAAGUAUCACUGGCAACAGGAAAGCAGUUAGCCCAGACGAGCUGUCGCAACCCUGCCCAGCACAGGAUGCACCUUCUCCCGUGUGUGGCUCAGCCAUGGGGCUUGGCUGGAGCUGUGUGUUGGGCAGGUGGGUGAGACACGAGGAGGAUGCAGGAGCAUUUGGGAUCCUGCCUGGAAAGGGUGUUUUGGGGUAGGUAGAGUGGGGCAGCCUUGAACUCCCUGAACCUUCCCAGGCACCAGACAGCCUGUUGCUGCCGCUGGCAGAGGCCUCUGCCAGGGCAGGCCACUGGCACUGUAGCAGGGUGGGAGGGAAUUCGUCCCACAGGUUUUAUAGCCCUGCUUGUGGCUGCUGGUUCUGGCCCCUUUGUGAAUCUGGGAGCUUGUGAUGGCUGAUGAUGGAAGGUGUGCCACUGCUCACCUGCACCGGGCCUGUCCCUUCCUGAGCCCUUCGCCCAUGGGUGCCUGGCAAUUCUUCCCUUCUAAGUAAGCACAGGAUCUAUUCUGGGUGCUCACCACACACUUCUCAGACUGCAGAGGGGACCUGGUGCUGUAAAUCCCAGUGAGUCAAUGGUGGAGGUCUGGCAGUGUUGUGGGGCUGAGUCCCUGCAGGGUGAGCUCUGCCCUGUGACACAGGGCUGGGCCCGGUUCUGCACAGGGCCUGUCCUCUGCGUUCAUGGGGAGCCUGAGCUGCUGCCAAGGUGACACUGGAAUCCAGCAGGUUGGGAAGAGCAGCUUUUGGAAGGGAAGUUGCCCUGAGGAAGGAGGGAGCCAGGCCUGGCUUGGGACCGGGGCUGUCACUCCUAGCCUAUGGAAGAGACCAGCCCAAGCAGCGCAGGACUCAGCUGGAGGAGGAGAGUGAGAUGGGAGUUGGAGGAAGUGAGGCAGGAGGGCCGAGUGGAUCCAAGGGCAGGACCCUGUGCCCAGACCCUGCCUCGCGCCAACGCCUCGGUGCCUUCUGGGCUCUUCGGUUCGCAGGCGAGCGGCGCCAGCAGCAGCCGGGCCAUGACCAGCCGAGGAGCCGCCAGGCCGAACGGGCAGUCCCAAGCUAGUAAAAUCUGUCAGUUCAAGUUGGUGCUGCUGGGCGAGUCGGCAGUGGGGAAAUCCAGCCUGGUACUGCGCUUCGUCAAGGGCCAGUUCCAUGAGUACCAGGAGAGCACCAUUGGUGCGGCGUUUCUGACACAGUCCGUCUGCCUGGAUGACACAACGGUAAAGUUUGAGAUCUGGGAUACAGCCGGACAGGAGAGAUACCACAGCCUGGCCCCGAUGUACUACCGGGGGGCACAAGCUGCCAUCGUGGUUUAUGAUAUCACCAACCAGGAAACAUUUGCACGGGCGAAGACAUGGGUGAAGGAGCUGCAGAGACAAGCCAGCCCCAGCAUCGUGAUCGCCCUCGCAGGCAACAAAGCCGACCUGGCCAGCAAACGCAUGGUGGAAUAUGAAGAGGCGCAGGCUUACGCAGAUGACAACAGCCUGUUGUUUAUGGAGACGUCGGCCAAGACAGCGAUGAAUGUGAACGACCUCUUCUUGGCCAUCGCCAAGAAGCUGCCAAAGAGCGAGCCCCAGAGCACGAGUGGAGCAGCGGGCAGGAGCCGAGGCGUGGACCUGCACGAGCAGAGCCAGCAGAACAAGAGCCAGUGUUGUAGCAACUAAAGGGCGCUUGUGCCUGCGCCAGAGGAAGAGCUAAGAUAUAACCUCCAUCCCCGUCCACCACACCUCACCUCCAUAACGGCACGCCGAGAAACCCGUUUGAACCAGAACCCUCCCCAGAGCUCCCUCUAACUGCACUUUUUAACGCUUCGAAACCACCACCGAGACACCUGUUACACCCUCCUGAAGGCAGUGGAACUAGAUCAGCCGGGGACUUAACUUCCAAAACAAACCAAACUCUUCUUCACUUUGUAUUAUAGGUGCAAAUAGCGACCGGAUAUCCCGAUUUCUCUCUCAUCCUCCCCACUCUCCCACCUCCCUCUCUGCUCUGGUCAAUCUGGGUUCCCGUUAAUGUCUCCCCAUAGAGCAGGGGUGGGGAGGGACUGAGGAGGCAGCAGCUUUGUCCUCAACGGUUCACAUUGUGGUGAUCCCACGGGAACCAGAGACCUCUGGAAAAUGCCAGAUUUUUCCAAGGGGAUCUUGUUAAUUUUUGUUUUUCCCUCCUGUUUCUGCUGUUUGGCAGUUGGGGGACAGGCAGGGACGGGGAGGAAAGCUGCAGUGUCCUUAAUUUCUUCCUAGGUGGCCUUUUUUGCUGAGUGCCUGGGCGCUUUUCUUAAAGGGAGGGGGACAGCGAGGCAGCAGCCCAGACCCCAAGCCACCAUUGCCAUGAAGCCACAGUGGGUGACCCUUCCCCACCUUCACCCCUCAACUCCAGCGGCGCCAGACCUGCUGGUCCCUGCUCUUGCUCUUCAGUUGAUUCCCAGCCCGUGGCGGCCGAGGGUUGUCUCCAGUUCGCACUUUAGUGAGGGAAAUGUCCUGUGAACGAGCACCUUGAGUUUUCUUUUCCGUCCCAUUGGGCCCAAGCCCACGGAAGGGCAAAGGGAGCGAAUGUGCUGGUUUUGUUCUGCCUCUGCUUUCUCCAAGGCUGGGGAAACCCUCGGUGCCGGUGCAGCUGUGCUCGGAGAGUUGGGACGUUUUCCAAGAGCUGUUUCAGUGGGUCCCAGUAGCUGAGCAAAAGGGUCGCACAGAGGUACCUGCCCCUUCGCCACUCCUGAACCCCCUGGCAGAGACAGGUGGCUCUGGUCAGGGUGCUACAGCCCGAAGAAAGGGGCACCUUGAUGGGGAUCCCCAACGGGUCCCAGCUCUGCCACUGGUGCUUGCUGGGCUGAGGCCACAUCCUGUCGCUCCCCGUGCUGACACCGUAAGGCCUCACCAUCAUCUGGCCCAAACCCUGGAUGAAACGAGGACACUGCAGCUUUUCUCACUCUUUUUCUUCUGCUUCUUUGAUAAUUAUGACUGGUUUUCUUUUUCUUUUUGUGUUGCUUUGAGCAAACUCCUCCAUUGCAUUUAAAUAACAAUCAUGGUAACAGAACUCGCAGCUGAUUUACCGAUGUAUUUAAUGUAAGUAAAACCAAACCACAAAGGAAAAAAAAAACAGUAAAAGCAA